GUCGCUUCCACUCAGAACUUCCACUCUCUUAGCCUAUCGACGUGUUGUAUCCUGCUACCCGAGGGCUUAACCCAUGGCUGGACUCAACAAGAACAAUUCCGCUGUGAAGCGUAUCAUGCAGGAAGCGAAGGAGCUGGCCAAUGACCCCUCACCUGAAUACUCGGCGGCUCCAUUAGAGGAUGACAUAUUCGAAUGGCACUGCACCCUCCGCGGUCCUUCAGGAACGGAAUUUGAAGGAGGCCUAUAUCAUUUCCGAAUCUUGUUACCCGCAGAAUAUCCCUUCCGCCCGCCUUCAAUUAUGAUGCUUACUCCGAGUGGCAGGUUUGAGACCGACACAAAGAUCUGCAUAAGCUUCACAAGCUAUCAUGAAGAACUUUGGCAACCCGCCUGGGGUGUGAGAACAGCUAUUAUUGGAUUGCAGGGGUUUUUCCCUUUGAAAGGCAAAGCUGCGGUUGGCGUGGGAUCUAUUGAGCAUCCCGUCGCAGAGAGGAGGCGUCUGGCCGGCCUAUCCCGCUCGUGGGUGUGUCCACACUGUGCCGUUCCAAAUUCGAGCCUGCUGUCGGAUCCCGCAGAGGAAUCAUCCAAAGCGGCAUCGGAACGGGCAGAUGCGGUAGAUGCUGGUGCUCCUCCUCCUAAUCCUGUGGAAGCCCCUGUUGUUGCUGCAAUUGUCGAUUCUGCGAGUCAGCCAGUGCCAAGAGCUCAACGACCUCCACUUCUUUUGGACACGGCUAUAUGUGUCAUCCUGGUCCUUGUAUGUGGGAUCGUCUUCCGUAGAGUAUUUUAGCCGCCUCCGCUGUACUACAUAUAAUUUAUCGUGAUCGGGAAAUUCAGAUCAAAUGUCUC